UUGAAUUUUAACUACUGCACCAAAUAAAUAAGCACUAAGAUAUGGCAACAAAAUUCAUUGUUGCUAUUUUCUUAUUUUCGGCAUUGUUGGCUUGCAAUGUUAAUGCCCAAAUUCCUGUGCUAUACGAUGUUAGAAAGUACGGUGCUAAUUCUGGUGCAGACAUAAGUCAGGCUUUAUUAAAAGCUUGGAAGGAGGCAAUCGUAUCAGUCGUACCAAGCAAAAUUUUGAUUCCCCAAGGUACUUUUACUGUAAGUCAAGUGAAACUGGAAGGCCCCAACAAGGCCCCUAUCGAACUUGAAGUACAAGGCACUUUGAAAGCUUUUCCAGAUCCCAAUCAACUACCUGACAAAAAAGCGGAGUGGAUUACUAUAAAUUACGUCAAUUAUUUCACCCUUUCUGGUGGUGGAGUUUUUGACGGCCAAGGACAGAUAGCCUGGAAGAUGAAUGAUUGCCACAAAAAUAAGAAUUGCCCGAAGCUGCCUUAUAAUUUGAGCUUUAAUUUCAUCAACAACUCCAUAAUUCAUGACGUCACCACCAAAGAUAGCAAGAAUUUUCACUUGAAUUGUAUAUCCAGCCACAAUGUAACAUUUCGCCAUUUUACAAUUUCGGCUCCUGAUGAGAGCCCGAACACUGACGGAAUCCACUUGGGUCGUUCCACAAGGAUUAAUAUUAUUGAUUCCGUCAUAAGAACAGGAGAUGACUGUGUCUCCAUCGGUGAUGACACAAAAGAAGUUCACAUUGAAAAUGUGACUUGUGGACCGGGUCAUGGGAUUAGCAUUGGGAGCCUUGGAGGAUAUGCAACUGAAAAAGAUGUGGAGGGGAUAUAUGUGAAGAAUUACACUUUCAUUGGAACAGGAAAUGGCGUUAGGGUCAAGACAUGGCCCACUACUCCAGCUCAGUUGAGCAUCACUAAUUUGAAUUUUGAAGACUUAAUCAUGGACAAUGUCAGCAAUCCAAUCAUCAUUGAUCAAGAAUACUGCCCACAUAAUCUUUGCAAGCGAGACAGACCAUCAUUUAUCAAGAUCAAUAAGGUCAACCUUAAAAACAUUCGGGGGACGACAAAUAGUGAAGAAGCAGUAACGCUUCUCUGCAGCAAGCUUAAGCCCUGUGAGAACGUAGUGGUGGGUGACAUUGAUCUUAAAUACAAUGGAAAUAGAGGUCCUGUCACCACCAAAUGCGUCAAUGUCCAACCCACUUUUGUAGGCAAACAAAAUCCACCAAUCUGUGCAACCACAGCUCAUUCUGUUUAAUUAUUUUAUGGAUAUGUAUAAAGCUUGGAUUUUUUCUUUUUCUGUGGGGAAUAAAUUUUGAUAUUAAUUAGCCUCAACAUAAUGAUUUUACUAGACAUUUGAUGUUCCUAAGAUGUGAUCACAUUAUUUGGCCCUAA